CUGUAAAAAUUUAAUAAAAAUAUCGGUGCCCCGCGCCCUUCCAGUCACCGUCUUCUAUGCUCUUCGAAAUUUUUAACUAUUUUUGUAUGUCGCAGAUUGUUUUCCAGUCUGGGGCUUUAGGAUGUUCUUCAAGAAGCAGCGUAGCCUCCACCAUCGAUUCUUCUCUGCGCCCAACAUGUCAGAGAUUGAGUGAUGGUUUCAUCCCAUCCAAGAAGAACAAGGAUAAGAAGACCAGAGGAUGAGGAAGAUGAUGAUGCACACUUUCUUGCUCAGGACUAUAAGAGCCGUCGCUGAGCCCAUAAUGGCUGUUGUCUCGACGACGAGGCCCCAAAUCCCCUCCUCCUAUUUUCAUUCGGCCGCCACCCGCAGCAAGCAGUAUAAUCGGCCGCCUGUUCUUGGCUUGGACCUUCCGGACGUAUGGACACCUCGGAAGGAUGCACCCGCUUCUUCCUGCCAACGACACGAUGAUGCAAAUACGUUGCUUCACACCAGAGUAAUUGAUGGCAGUUCAAUUGCAGAGGAAAUAAGAUCAGAAAUAGCUGAUGAGGUGUGCAAAAUGAAGGAUUCUAUUGGUAAAGUACCUGGUUUAGCGGUAGUUUUGGUUGGCUCGAGAAAGGAUUCUGAAACUUAUGUUCGUAAUAAGAUAAAGGCCUGUGGUGAAGUUGGAAUCAGAUCUUAUACAGCAGAAUUGCAUGAAGAUUGCACAGAAAAGGAAGUUUUUAGCGUUGUAUCAAGAUUCAAUGAUGAUCCAUCAGUUCAUGGUGUUCUUGUGCAGCUUCCUCUACCAAAGCAUAUGGAUGAAGAGAAUAUCUUGAGUGCUAUUAGAAUAGAGAAAGAUGUUGAUGGGUUCCAUCCCCUGAACAUAGGUUACCUUGCCAUGAGAGGCAGGGAACCACUUUUCAUUCCUUGCACUCCAAAAGGUUGUAUUGAGUUGUUGCUUCGCUCUGGAAUUGAGAUCAUGGGGAAGAAAGCAGUUGUGAUUGGACGAAGCAAUGUUGUUGGAUUGCCAACUUUCUUGUUACUGCAGCGGCACCAUGCAACAGUUAGCAUUGUACAUGCUUUCACUGAAAAUCCGGAAGAAGUGACACGCGAGGCUGAUAUCUUGAUCUCUGCCGCGGGAGUAGGCAACUUGGUGCGCAGAAGAUGGCUGAAGCCUGGUGCAGUGGUACUUGAUGUAGGGACCAAUCCAGUGGAGGAUCCCGACAGUGAGAGAGGCUACCGCUUGAUUGGUGACGUUUGCUAUGAAGAAGCACUAGGUUUGGUGUCAGCUAUAACGCCCGUGCCUGGAGGUGUUGGCCCAAUGACAGUAGCCAUGCUUCUUUCGAACACCCUGGAUUCAGCUAAGAGGGCCUACGGGUUCAUUUGAUUCCAGUAGAUCUCAGGUCACUCUGCUGCCUGCAUCCUUAGCCCUAUGAAUCACCUUUCCCUCCUUGCCUCUGGCGGACCACUAAGCUACCAGCUGCGCAGGGGGAUACAGAAACUCGUUAUCAUCAUUUACCCUAAUGUGCUUCGGGUAAAGCCAAGGAAUGCCCCAAAAGAGUCUGUGCAACUGGUAGACAUUUGCAAAUCUUUUUGUAUGGAGAAAGACAUUUGACUUUCGUUCAACAGAGUCUCACCUUUCGUAGUCCAAAUAUCCUUUAUUCCCUAAUGUACAUCCUUAUAAAGCAAAACUUGCCUUUUGAAUGUUCCUAAUA